GUGUCCAUGAUAAUAACAAUGAUGAUGAUGAUGACGUUCUGAGAUGAAGAAAUUGAUGGAAAAAAAGUCUCUUUCACUUUGCUUCAGGUUUUACUUCUUUUUGUGUUUGGUGUGAUAAAUGGCAAUUUGAAAGGUGUCCAUGAUAAUGAUGAUGAUGACGAUGACGUUCUGGCUGAUAGUCUCCUUGAAACCACCUGCCAUUUGUGUCUUUCCUUCUUCCACUGUGUGUGACUUGAAAUAGAAGGCAUUCAGGAAAACAAACUCACAACAACUAAGCCUGGAGGUCACCUACUUCCCCCUCCCUUUGCAGGGUGGGACAUUGAGCAUGGAAAUGUGACAUGGAGGGUGAGCCCAACCAAUCACCUUGUAUGAAAGGUUUGUUUUCAUUCCUCUCCACCCUUCUGUGUCUUUUAUUCUGUGUCUGAUUGGAGCAAAAGCACAUUCAGUAACAGAGACCUUGUCCCUUGAGUUAAGAGUAUGGUUACACUGUCAGCAGCUGCCGGAGCUUAUCAGCUGCUGGAAGUGGGGAGACUCUUUCUUUCUCCCCACACACACACUUCUUCUUUGUCAGUUUUAUUUCCUUCCUCCUGUCCCUGGCUCUGUGUCUGUCUUUCUCUCUCUUCCCCCACCCCCAUUUCUUUUUCUCUGACUUUCUCGCAGCUCCUCCUCACUUUCCAUUCAGUCACUCGGAGUGCUGUACAGAUGAGAGUUUUUCAGCUGAGCCCUGGAGAAGGCGUUGAUCCACCAUGCAAGGAGGCAAAGAAAGAGCCAAGGGAAGCCAGUGCUGGUGGUUGUCAACUCAGCUUUUGUCCCUGAUGCAUAACUGGAUGGUGUUUUGAAGGAGGAAGAAAGUUCUCUUCUCUUAAGGUCACAGGACUUGGGUUGAAACUCAAGAGCAUGUUGGGGCUGCUCUGCUGGUGGCCUUGAGGCUCUUCCUUGUUAAAUGAAACCACUUGAGGAACAUGAGAUUUCCGACUGGCGAGGGAGGGAGGAUGCCAAGCUGGGUGAGAAAGGAGCAAGGCGGGUUCUGAUUCUUCGGUGUGGCUUGCACUGAGACCACGGUGGGGAGGGGGUGAGAAGGAGAGCGCCUUGGAGUAGAUGAAAGUGGGAGGAGAAGUGACACAGGAGCUGGUGCCAAUUGCCAAGAUGACCGAAACCCUUCAACUCCCUGCACUGCAAGUCCCGGAGCAGCAGGAGGUGGAGUGUGCCCAAGUCUGGUCCAGCUCAUCAACGCCAACCUUGCGCCGGAGGCGGUUCAGGAUGCGGCGCACGAGGAACAUUCAGGAGCAGAACCUGGAGGCCGCACCGCCCUCGAAUAAGGAUUUCCUACAACUUCCCUCCAUUGAAAUCACCCCUUCCAGCGAUGAGGACACCCCCUGGUCGAACUGCUCCACGCCCAGCGCCUCUCCACGACGCAAGCGCUUUCUGCUCCGCAAGUGGCUGAAUGUCAGGGAGAAGAAGGAGUACAGCGAGAGCAGCAGCCAACAGAGCAGCCAACAAAGCAGUCAUGACGAUGACACCUCCCGAUUCCUGAGUCCCCGAAUGCGUGACGGCAGCACUGCCAGUAACUCCAACCGCAGCACUCCUGCUUGCUCCCCUAUCCUGCGCAAACGCUCCCGGUCUCCGACGCCACAGGACCCCCAAGGAGACACCAUGGUGGAGAAAGGUUCAGACCACUCUUCGGACAAAUCCCCUUCCACGCCGGAGCAAGGUGUGCAGCGUAGCUGUUCCUCCCAAUCAGGUCGUAGCGGGGCCAAGAAUUCCAAGAAAAGCCAGAGUUGGUACAAUCAUGAAAGACAACACAUCCGAAGAGUACUGAGUCCGACCUACAAGCAGCGGAAUGAAGACUUCAGGAAACUCUUCAAGCAGCUUCCCGACACAGAGCGCCUCAUCGUAGAUUACUCCUGUGCACUUCAAAGAGACAUUCUCCUGCAGGGCCGACUCUACCUCUCUGAAAACUGGAUAUGUUUCUACAGCAACAUUUUUCGUUGGGAAACAUUGUUGACGGUCCGUUUGAAGGACAUUUGCUCCAUGACCAAGGAAAAAACUGCACGACUCAUUCCUAAUGCUAUCCAAGUUUGCACUGACACUGAAAAGCACUUUUUCACUUCCUUUGGUGCCCGAGACAGAACGUACAUGAUGAUGUUCAGGCUCUGGCAGAAUGCUCUCCUUGAAAAGCCCCUGUGUCCAAAGGAGCUCUGGCACUUUGUCCAUCAGUGUUAUGGCAAUGAAUUAGGGCUCACGAGUGAUGAUGAAGACUAUGUGCCUCCUGAUGAAGAUUUCAACACGAUGGGUUACUGUGAGGAGAUCCAGGUGGAAGACAAUGAAGUAAAUGACAGCUCCUCAAAAAGCAGUGUGGAUGUCAAACCUGAGACAAGUCCUCAGCUCCCCAAGAAGUCGAUCACCAACAGCAGCACCUUGACACCAACAGGAAGUAAUGAAGUUCCAAUCCCGUAUGAAGGAAUAGUUCCUGAAGAAGAGGAAAUCAUGGACCUCCCUACAGAGAAGGACCUGACCAUCGCAAACCUCAUUGCAGAUAAGAUUGAGAUCAUUGCCCCUGUGAAUUCCCCAUCCCUGGAUUUCAACGACAAUGAGGACAUUCCAACGGAGCUCAGCGAUUCCUCAGAAACGCAUGAUGAAGGUGCAUGGCCGGAGUCCACAGGGGAAGUGCAAGCUUUUUACGAGGACCUAAAUGGACGGCAGUACGUGAAUGAGGUCUUCAACUUUAGUGUGGAUAAGCUGUACGACUUGCUCUUCACUGACUCACAGUUUCUGAGGGACUUCAUGGAGCAACGGCGUUUCUCUGAUGUUAUCUUUCAUCCAUGGAAGAAGGAAGAAACUGGCAACCAGAGUAGAGUUAUCCUCUAUACCAUCACCCUCACCAACCCCUUGGCCCCUAAAACUGCCACUGUCACGGAAACACAGACAAUGUACAAAGCAAGCCAAGAAAGCGAGUGCUAUGUGAUAGAUGCAGAGGUGCUAACUCAUGAUGUUCCCUACCAUGAUUAUUUCUACACGAUUAAUCGUUAUACGUUGACACGUGUUGCCAGAAACAAAUGCCGUCUCAGGGUUUCUACAGAGCUGCGAUACAGAAAACAGCCGUGGGGGCUGGUGAAAUCCUUCAUUGAAAAGAACUUCUGGAGUGGCCUAGAUGAUUAUUUUCGACAUCUAGAGAGUGAACUGACCAAAACGGAGAGCACGUACUUAGCUGAACUUCACAGACAAUCCCCCAAAGAGAAGGUGGUCAAGCAAUCUACGGUUCGCCGGAGGAAACGACCUCAUACUCACCUGAGGGGCCCUCACCUGGAGGAAGUACUAAGCCCUGUAACUACUCCUACAGAUGAGGAGUCCGUAAGUCGAAUCAAGCGUGUGGCAGGUUCCACUCAAACACGGCACAUCCCCGAGGAAAGUCCUGGCAGUUUCCACCUUCAGAAUGUCUCCAAAUUGCUGCUCGUUAUCAGUUGUGUUCUGGUGCUUCUGGUCAUCCUUAACAUGAUGCUGUUCUACAAACUCUGGAUGUUGGAGUACACCACCCAAACCCUCACAGCAUGGCAGGGCCUGCGGUUACAAGAAAGGUUACCCCAAUCCCAGACAGAAUGGGCCCAGUUAUUAGAAUCCCAACAGAAAUAUCAUGACACAGAGCUCCAAAAGUGGCGGGAGAUCAUCAAAUCAUCGGUGAUCCUCCUAGAUCAGAUGAAGGACUCACUAGUAAACCUUCAGAAUGGUAUUGGGUCUCGCGACUAUCAGUCGGAGCCGGAGGAGAAACGGAAGCGGUUCUACUAGCAGGCAGGGACGCAAGUGGCCAGAGGAUUGUGUGCAAUACGUGUACAUAGAAUAUAUAUAUAUAUAUAUAUAUAUAUAUAUAUAUAUAUAUAUGUAUACAGAAUAUAAAUAUAUAUAUAUAUUAUAUACAGAUUUUAAAAGAAAAAAAAAGAAGAAGCCUAUGUACUGAGAAGAAUGAACAGUGCCGACCGACCUCCAGCACUGGGUGAAAUGGAGCGUCACUGGGGAUGGGGCAAGAGGCAAAAAGGUUGUGCUCUCCUGGCACUGAGGCAUUAUGGAAAAGUUCAACCUAGGCCGUUAUGGGCCCGCACACCUCUCCUGGUUUUUCCUCCCCCCUUGCUUUAUGUUUGUCUGCCCGUCUCCGUUUCUGUCUCUGUCCAGAACAUUUUCAUCACCCAAAGGGAAGACAUGGGAGCCAACGGAGUCUCCUUCCCCAGUGUUCCAUCGAACGUAAACAAAUGUUACAAUGCGGCCCGUUCUGGCAUUUGGGACCAUUCUUGAGGAUCAUCUCUCGCUGUAUAACAUCACUUCCUCUGCAAGAAUGUUGCUGGCAUGCUCUCCGGGAGUGGUGCUCCGUUUAUCGUAAAGUAGGGUUGUCGUUGUUUUCCUGCAGCGUCUUUUACGGGGUUAUCCUUUUAGCGCCAUUUCGCAUGCUCGCUGCAUGCUUCUCCCAUCCUCUUUGCAACUUGAGCUGAGUGUAGAAACAUCGUUGUGUUCUCCAAUGAAUUUGAUGAGUUAGGUAGGGAAAAAUUGCUUGUAGAGGACGCCUUCCCUUUUGGGUCUUUGGUGCUAACUCUCUUCACGUUGGAGGAGUUACCCGGAUGUAUUUACCCUUCUUUGUUUGAGUUUGGCGGUUUCCCUUUUCAGUGUCAGAUACCUUCUGAUGGUUGCACAUUUGCAUCUUCAUCUUUAUGUCUCAUAGGAAACCAUUGCUGCACUGAAAGGGCUAUACAUACACACCGGAGGAGAAGUCCAAACCAAGGGCCAUCUUAAUGGGACAUCCUAUAUUAUUACCUAGCUAUUACACAUUUCCAGAGGUUCACCUGGCAAAAGGAAACUGGGAAAAAUCCACAGAACUUACCAAGUGGCUUAAAACACCUGCAUCUGCGAUCAAAGUCUCUACCCUGGUUCACACAACCCUUCUGCAUGAAUUUGCAUCUUGCACACUCCUAAAACUAAAAUAAAUUCAUAAAGAGCACCAAUUGCUUAUUAAAUAGGAAAAUUUCUAUUUCCUAAGCAGAUAGAUACAUCUCCUUUGGGAACCCAACUCUGUUCCCCAUGCAUGCGUGAUUCUUGGAAAAGGACGAACAAAUAAAUACAUGGGAGAUGUCGAGGUUGUAUAGUAACCUAUUCAGCAAUUGUGAUUUCCACAAAAACUUGAGUUAGCACUUUUUGUCUGUGACCGGGCAAUGGAAAAAAAAUGCAGAAUGCCAUAUAGUAAAGUUCUGGGGACUUUUCAUUCACACAACAGAUAGAAUCAACAUAGUAUCAAAUGACCACUAGAAUUAUUAGAUCAUUCUGUAUCAGUUCUAGAAUUCAGAAUUGAGUCUUGUCGAAAGGGCAGAUAGGGUUCCUCUCUUGCGGGAAGCAAAAUCUAUUUGUAGGCAGUAGGACCUUCAAAGACUGCAGUUGAGCCCUUGGUUUUUUUUUUCACCUAACAGGAAGAGAGGGAGAAAAUUGGACAAGUAGAGGUAGGAAAUGCUCCCUCCUUGAGUCUUGAUGUUGAUGGUGCCUACUGGCCAUCGUGUUUGAUAUCAGGAAGAAAUAGAACCAUGUUGGACAAUUACUGUGGUACCUUAUAUAUAUAGGCAGAGAAAUUGAAUCAUUGAGAGGUAAGCACCAAACCGUAGAAAUGUUUUUGUGGAGCUCUGCAUAAUGGAUUUUCCAUCUUUCCUCGGCAUACAGUAGGUAACCUCUUCAGAGUGAUGGCAAGGGCUGCAUCCUUCUCCUUGGCAGGUCAUGGAGAGUAAGGACACUAUUGCAGUAUAAGGAGCUGCAAUGACCACGGAGAGGAGACCUUGAAGCCAAGGGUUAGAUUUGAGCUCAUGCCACGGAAUGGUUGAGCUUGUGUGUUCAGGCACUUCUGCUUCUAGCCUCAUGAGCAGCAGAUGUUUUCAAAAAUAGGAAACGAGCAAACCUGUCUGUUGUAAUCGCAAAGUUGCUUCUUCAUUCUCAGUAAGAGGAGUAGAGAAGGAUUACCUUGGUGUUUUGUUUUGUUUUGUUUACUUGCUAGAUGGCUGGGCUAACUGGCAAGAUGUAGCAAAUCUUGGAUCGGGUGGGGUGGGAGAGCUUUUGGGUACUUAUUUUAUACUGUGAACAUUUGAGCCACUAACACUGAGGCGAAGAUAAUUUGGUGAUGGAUACUGUGAACAAACAAAGAUAGUUGGCCAUGGAUUUGGGGGACUUUGGACAUACAGUACUUAAUUUAUUUCAUUUGUUUAUGCAAAUAUAUUCUCGCGUAAUGCUGCUAACUCGUCGGGAGCCCAUCUUUGUGGCUUGUAUGGGCUUCGCAGGAGUGUUGAGUAGACUAGUUCGGAGCAAGUGGUCCCCCCGAUUUAGCUAUUCCUGGCAGGCCCAGAGAGCCUAAAGGUAGGCAAGACUAUCAUCCUUAUCAGGAGUGCUCAUUCAAAGGUUGUGAUGAUGUUUCUAGUAGCUCUUGGAAGAAGAUUAGAAGACAGGAGAGCACUGAUAGACUUAGCGAGAACAUCUAGCCUUCUAAAUAGUGAUGAGUUGUGAUUGUGGUGAUUCAUCAUUAUUAUCUAUGCUGAAGACUGAUGGCACUUAUGGCCCAACUGUGUCUGGAGGACUAUACAUCUUCCCCACUUCUCUUUCAAUAGGGUCAGUUUUCUCCCUAAAACUGUGUGGUGUUCAUAUCACUUGGGAUGGAAUUGGGCGCAGGAAAGAUUGGCUGCAGGAAUGUUAUUCUCCAUCUCUGUGUUUUCACCCCAUUGGAGGCGAACAUUACCCACUAAUAUGGUUUUAUUAUUCUAGCUGCUCUCAUUGUGGACCAAGAUCUUGUGUUUUGAGAUAUGCUAUGUCUGACGACCAUAGUGGAUUGAUACCUAGCAGGUUUCUAUGCCUCCUCUUUUAAUUCUGUCUCUCGUUCUGGUUCUCAGGCGUCUGCUUCGCCACUCAUUGGAAGCAGAGGUCAACCUAUUGUUUGUGCCAUAAAACACCCUCCACUCUAGAUGUGCAAAUCAGCCAAACUGGAAUGUGAAUUGGUUGACUUGUUGAACUACAAAACCAUCCACCUUCCUUCCUGAAAGAGAGAGACCACUGUAUUUUUUUAGCAAUUUGGGCUGGAACGUAUUCUCCCCGUGCCCCGAGAAAGAAGAAAACCUAACGCCAUCCAACAGUUCUAUGCAUUCUUCCCGAUUCCACCUCCUCUCUGCCUAGAUCUAGUACAAUCACAUACCACGUUCUUGCCAUUCUAGCACACUACAGGGUCUCCCCCGUUGCUUCUGUUUUCCUUCCCAUUGUUAAGGUGCGUUCAGACAUGAAUGUGGUACACUGUGGCGAGGAAACCUAUUUCCCCUUUUUUGCACAUGGCUCGGAGCGUCAUCUCUCUAUCUCUGACCAUUUUUUUAAAAAAAUUACCUCACUUUCCUUUGGUCAGUUUUGUGGCUAAGGUUUGAAGGACUGGAUUCCCAACCUGAGCUUUGCAUUAGUUUUUUUUUCUUUUAGCAGUGCAUGUUAUAAUGUAGUGCAAUGCCAUUUGGACGGCUUUCCCCAUGUUCAGCCUCCCCUAGCAGAGCUGGAGACUUGGAGACUGACCGUGAGAGCUGCUCAAGAGAGGAGGAAGGUGGGAUCGUUUCUUGUACAACGGUGUGGGUGACUUCAAAGCCACAUCUCAUCCUCACUCCUCUUUCCUUCCUACCCUUCUGGCCUCGACCCUGGCAGCUCUUACGCAGACGGGCAUCUCUCCUCAGCAACAAUUGGACACCUCAAAAGAGGAGGAUGCAGGGGGAAGCUUAAAGGGAACAAGCUAGAGACUAAACUGCACCCUUUCCUUGAUCCCCCCAUUUUUUUCCCCUUCAGCUCAAAGGGUCUGAACUGGGAAGACGUAACUCAGGCUGGGCCACGUGUCGAAGGACUCCCGGCUGUGUCUGUAGGAGUUGUCUGUGUGUCUGAUUCUGUACCUAUAAUAAACUUUGCGCUGUGCGCAAGGUCCAAUACAAAUUGAUUUAAAAAAAAAUAAAUCAAAAAACUACAAACUUGACUGCUAGAACCUAGGAGUUAUAAAGGCUACAAAGCCAAAAUCUUAAUGUAAAGUAGCUAGGAAAAAAAAUGGAAUAAAAGUAUGAAUAAAAUAUAAUGAACAAAA